AUGAGCGAUAAGGAAUUGAAAUAAGCAGAUCAAAAAGAUUGGAGUGAGCCAUUUUGUUGAUCCACACUUCCCACCCAGAGAUUCUAGCAUCCAUUGAAUUACGGAGCCAUAUCCUUACAAACAAAUUGUACAUUGGAGGAGACCUCAUGAGUUUAUGAAAAAGCCUUCUAUAUUCCAGGACGGAAUAAACCCCAAUGAUAUUAAGCAGGGGCAUUUGCCUAACUGUUGGUUUUUAUCUGCUUUGUCAUCCCUAGCAGAGCGUCCUGCGUUAGUUAAAAGAUUGAUCAUCACAAAGAAUUACAACAAGGAAGGAAUUUACAAAGUAAGACUUUGCAAGAACGGAGAAUGGAACACAAUUACGAUUGACGACUAUAUCCCAUGCUACUUUAAUGGAGGCCCCAUGUUUGCAAGAGGGAACGGAGACGAACUCUGGGUUAUGCUUCUAGAAAAGGCAUAUGCUAAAAUGCAUGGUUCAUACUAUUCUUUAAGAUAUGGGUACACUCAUCAUGGAAUGCUCGAUAUCACAGGCUGCCCAACUUGUAAUAUUAAGUUUCCAGAAGAUAAACCUGACUAUGAAACAGUUGAAGAGGAAGCGGAAGAAAUCUGGGAAAAGAUUCUGGAUGCUGAUGAGAGAGGCUACCUCAUCUCUGGGGAAACUCCUGGAUACGAUAACGCUACUGAGGGAGGCCAAUUGGAUGCUCCCUCUGGUCUAGUUCCAGGUCAUGCCUACAGUAUUAUUCAAGCAAAAGAAGGACUUGGAGUAAAACUCCUCAAUAUUAGAAAUCCUUGGGGAAAAUACGAAUGGGAUGGAGCUUGGGCCGAUGAAAGCGAAGAGUGGACAGAAGAAAUGAAAGAAUAUUUUAAUCCAGAUUUUGAUCCAGAAGACGGAUCCUUCUGGAUGUGACUGGAAGACUUUAUCCUCAGAUUUGACUCAGUUAAUAUUUGAGAGGUGGAUAAUUGGAACGAAAUUAGGCUUAAAGGAAAAUUCAUCAGAGUUCAAGAAGAAGAAGGAGAAAAAUAACAAAUGGGUUGUUCCAAAGUUUUACUACACAUUUGAUAUUGAAGAGCCAGAUACAGUGGUUCACCUUGGAAUCCAUCAAGAAGAUGAUAGAGUUCUAGGAGCAGAUAGAAGAAGAACUCUAGAUAUUACUUUCAUUCUGUUAAAAAUCGACGAAGAUACUGAGGAGCUUGAAGUGGUUGAAGCUCCAGAUCCUUUAGUAGAAAGAGAAAUUCAGAAGAGAUAUGAACUAGAUGAAGGGAGCUAUAUUUUUGUUCCUCUAACAACAGGAGCAUUACUUCAAAGGCCCAUCAACGCUGAUGAUGAAGAAAUUGAAUAUAGUAUUGUUCAUGAUCAAAUUCAAAUGCCGCACCCAUUUUUCUUAACAACUCUAAAUGAUAUUUUCAGAAAAAUAGACUUAAAAUUAGAUGGAAAACUAUCUGCAGAUGAACUGAAUCAAUUUGGUAAAAUUAUAAAUGAACCGAAAUUGAUGAAUUUGACAUCCAAGAGUUUUAAAUCUGAAGAUUUCAAAAAUCUAUCUUGAGACAGCAAAGGGUUAACAAACCUUGGGUUUAAGCAGUUCUUGUUUAGGAACUUUGACCAGCCAAGACUGGAAGAGAUCCUUGAAGUUCUAGGGUAUGACAGAUCACUUUAUUCUCACAAAUCAAGAAUUUUUGUUACUUCUUUCCAGGCAGAUGAAAAUAUAAACGUAAAGAUCAAUGAAACCUUUGUUGGAGAUCUGCACCAAAGGGCAUGGGAUUUGUAUAUGAACCAUAAAUUUGAUAACAAAGAAUACUCUCAUGAUAUAGUCAAAUCUAGGAGGGCAGUCUUCUUUAGAGUCGAUCAUACUGAAGCUUAUGGAUGUUCUUAUGCUCUAGCUAAUAACACUGAACAAUGGAUGAAGAUUGACUUGGAUAUGACCAGCUCUCAUGGGUGUUAUUUCACACCGAAGGAUGGAACUUCAAGUGUUACUGUGCCUCCAAACGGGCUCAAAUAUAUUGGGUCAUGCAUUUCAGACCCUGACUGAGAAGACUUCUCAUACUCAAGAAGCUACACCAUUGAGAAGGCAGAAUCCCCAGAGGGAGAAUUUGAUGAAGAAAGUGAAGAAGAAGAUGAUGAAGGUGAUGAAAAUGAUGACUCAAAUGAAGAGGAAGACGAUUCAGACAAGGAGGAUGAAUCAUACGAAGAAGAAGAGUCAAAACUUAGCGAUGAAUAA